UGUUAACAUAAAUGGCGAAGAAGAUCCGAACCGUUGGAUUCUCUGUCUCGCAUCCACACCGUCCGAUUCAUUCUCUCUCUCUCUCUCCUCCCUGUAAUUCGUUUACCUAUGACUAUGACUACGACUACGAGCAGCUCAGCCCAAUGGCGAGGAGAGAGAUAGAGACGCCCACUCCCCCAAUUUCGGAUUCUCUUGCGAUUUGGGGUUUGUGAUUGCUGCACUGUGCUGCAGCGGGCGGCGGAGUUCGAGAUCAAGCUAUUUUUUUAGCGUGAGCUGCAACGAAACGGUGGAGAUUUGAGGAGGAUGGAGGAAUGUGAGUAAUCUGCUGUGGGGUUCUCUCUGUUGUCUGGGUACUGAAGACGGAGGCGAUUCUCGGGGAAUCUGUGGCUGGAAAAGGGUUGCCCGUGAAAUGGCUAUGUCUGUUGGUUUUUUAGUUGAGUUCUAGAAAUUGCUGCUCUUGUAUCUCGAGCUGCGGAGUGAAGGAGAAAUUCUGGUUCAGUUCGAGAUCUGACUUUGAGCUUCCCACAAAAUGAGGGGGCGGUAGUUUAGGAGACAAAGUUAGAGAUAUAUACAGGAGUGAAACUUCAAUGGAAGAUUUUUCGAAAUAUUCUCAUAGUGUAGCUCAUCUAGCAGUUCUUCGUCGAGAUCAUGCUUCCCUCAAGCGCAUUGUCGCAUCCCUUCCUCAGCUCGCCAAGGCCGGUGAGGUUAAUACUGAAGAGGAAUCUCUUGCUGCGGAGCUCCAAGCUGAUGCUGUCUCUGCCGCUAUUGACCAUCGUGAUGUUCCUGGGCGGGAGACUCCGCUCCACCUUGCAGUACGCCUUCGAGACCCGACUUCAGCUGAGAUUUUGAUGGGAGCUGGUGCUGAUUGGAGCCUUCAGAAUGAGCAUGGUUGGAAUGCUCUCCAAGAAGCAGUCUGUACUAGGGAAGAAUCAAUUGCAAUGAUAAUUGCGAGACAUUAUCAACCUYUGGCAUGGGCAAAAUGGUGUCGCAGGCUUCCUCGCAUUAUUGCUUCUGCUUCCCGGAUUCGUGAUUUUUACAUGGAGAUAACUUUUCAUUUUGAGAGUUCGGUUAUUCCUUUUAUUGGCCGAAUCGCCCCAUCAGAUACUUAUCGCAUUUGGAAGCGUGGUUCUAAUCUCCGAGCCGAUAUGACCCUUGCUGGUUUCGAUGGUUUCCGAAUUCAGCGUUCUGAUCAAACAUUUCUUUUUCUAGGUGAAGGCUACAAUUCAGAGGAUGGUAAUGUCAAGCUAUCUCCAGGUUCUUUGAUUGUUCUCGCUCAUAAGGAGAAGGAAAUUACGAAUGCUUUGGAAGGAGCUGGUGUUCAGCCAACAGAAGCAGAAGUCGCCCAUGAAGUGGCCCUUAUGUCGCAAACAAACAUGUAUAGGCCAGGCAUUGACGUUACUCAGGCAGAGCUUGUUCCCCAUUUAAAUUGGAGACGGCAGGAGAGAACAGAGAUGGUUGGAAAUUGGAAGGCGAAAAUAUAUGAUAUGCUUCAUGUGAUGGUGAGUGUGAAGUCAAGGAGGGUUCCUGGAGCUAUGACUGACGAGGAGCUGUUCGCUGGGGAUGAUGAAGAAAGGUUGGCCAAUGGUGGUGAAAAUGAUGAGUUUGAUGAUGUAUUGACUGCAGAAGAGAAGAUGCAAUUGGAUUCUGCACUUCGUAUGGGAAACUCUGAGGGUCUAGCUGAGGACGAGGAACUGGUAGCCUUUGAAAGCCAAGAAAAUGGUUCAGUAGGUUCCUAUGAAAACUGUGACCCAAAUGGUGCAACUAAGGAGAAGAAGAGUUGGUUUGGUGGUUGGAACAAGAAGAAUGCCAAGGGAAGUAAUGAUGAUCUCGAUGAUUCAAAGAUUUUGAAGAAAGUUACGAAAUCGGCUCCAGAAGGUGCCAAUCAAAAAGUAGUUGAUCAUCAAAAAUUGUCUUCUGAGUUAUCCACAGAAGAUAUGGGGGAUGCAAAGAAGGGAAAAGAUAAAAACAAUAAGAAGAAAAAGAAGAAAGGAACCACCAAUGACUCUAAGCAUGAAAGUGAGUAUAAAAAGGGUUUGAGACCUGUCUUGUGGUUGACACCAGAUUUUCCUUUAAAAACAGAGGAGCUUCUGCCUCUACUUGAUAUCCUAGCCAACAAGGUGAAAGCUAUCAGGAGAUUAAGGGAGCUUUUAACAACCAAACUGCCUCAUGGCACAUUUCCGGUGAAGGUUGCCAUUCCCAUUGUCCCAACUAUUAGAGUACUUGUUACUUUCACAAAAUUUGAGGAGCUUCUUCCGGUUGAAGAAUUUGCAACCCCACUCUCGAGUCCAGCACAUUUCCAGGAUGCCAAGYCCAAGGAAUCAGAGGGAUCCUCGUCAUGGAUUUCAUGGAUGAGAGGAAGUCGUGGUGGGCAAUCCAGCGACAGCGACAGUAAUCGGUAUAAAGAUGAAGUUGACCCAUUUAAUAUACCAUCAGACUACACGUGGGUCGAUGCAAAUGAGAAGAAACGCCGCAUUAAAGCAAAGAAAGCAAAGAACAGGAAGCACAAGAAACACGCAAAUGCUAAAAGCGGGAAUGGAGGACUUCAAAUGAGUGAGGACGUGGAAGAGUAAUAUUUUUAUAGCUGAUUUGUGUAGCCAUGCCACUUUGAGAUCCUUCUGCAACAGAUAAAGGAGGUAAGUUUAUCUCCUAUUUGCAUUUGACCUUUUUCUAUUUUGCAUAUUGAAAGAUCAUGAGCUAGAGAAUCCAUGGGUAAUUUGUUUGGUGGGAAAGUCUUGUUGAUUAAUCAGGCAUCGCAUCUGUAGUAAUUUUCACCUGGAAUACAUAUUGGAGAGAAACAGUCUCUUCAUCUUUUGUAGCUUUUUUUCCAAUUUGAUUUUCAAUUAGACCCAAAUCUUUGUAUUAGAUCAUCAAUUAUAAAUUUUACGUUUUUCGCUUUUGUUGUGUAAAAACUGACUCGUAGAGAGAAGCUCUUCUUGACCCCUGGACAUGAAUACUUCAAUUUUAAUAUCA